UGCUUCUGAGACUUCGCGGUAAUGGAGGACAUUCGGUGGUUGGCGAAGCUGCGCAAAUAGAUGCGCCGCGUUGCUGCAUUUCCCCUUUAAUUUGUUUAGUCAGUGAGCCCAAAAAGUCAGCAUUGAUUCCGUGUACGCGUUGCUUUCGCCCGGGGCAGGGCUAGAAGACUCAAACAUGUCGGGCGACCACCGCACAGUCAUCAAAGGCAGUCCUAGUCAAUAUGUGAAGCUCAAUGUUGGUGGUUCCCUUCAUUACACAACCAUUGGAACGCUGACGAAACAUGACAGUAUGCUCAGGGCAAUGUUCAGCGGCCGAAUGGAGGUGCUCACGGACUCUGAAGGCUGGAUCUUGAUUGAUCGCUGUGGGAAGCAUUUUGGAACCAUACUCAACUUCUUGCGAGAUGGAUCAGUCCCACUUCCCGAGUCGACACGGGAAAUUGCGGAACUCCUAGCAGAAGCAAAGUACUACCUUAUCCAAAACUUGGUCGAAAGCUGUGAAGCUACCCUGCAAAAGAAAGAAAGUCUUCAGGAACCCAUUUGCCGAGUGCCGCUCAUUACAAAUGAAAAAGAGGGGAAUCUACUCAUCAGUACUUCGUCAAAGCCUCUAGUCAAGUUGUUGAUCAACCGGCAUAACAACAAAUACUCUUAUACAAGCACUUCUGACGACAACCUGCUGAAGAACAUCGAGAUGUUCGACCGACUGUCGCUGAGGUUCUGCAGCCGAGUGCUGUUCAUCAAAGACGUCAUAGGCAGCAACGAGAUCUGCUGCUGGACCUUCUACGGACACGGAAAGAAAGUUGCCGAAGUCUGCUGCACUUCCAUCGUCUAUGCUACGGACAAAAAGCACACCAAGGUAGAGUUUCCCGAAGCGAGGAUCUACGAGGAGGCUCUCAACAUACUGCUGUACGAGAACCGCAACGGUCCGGACCUGGAACUGAUGCAAGCGACUAGCACCAGGGGUGCCGUCGCGCGGACGACGACCUCCUACACGAGCGACGACGAGGACGACCGAAAGACCCCAGCCGCCACCGGCGGUGCAGCCGCAAACGCGAGUCGGGAUAACCGAGAGUCUUCACACCUGGGCAGGAUUCGUAGCACAAAGCAGAGCGGACCAUAGAUGUGCACUUUUGCAGUCUGCAAAGUGGCAAUAGAGAGCUCAAGUUCACCAAGGCUGCCAUCACAGAGGAUAUCCGAGAUGAGAGAAGCAUAUCUAAGUUAUGCGAGAAGAGUCACCCGACAACUAUACCGUGCAUUGUCCUCAUCCCAUCUCUCAGUGCUGCCACACAGGAUGACAGGUGUUGCGUAUCUGGAAACGAGGCGGCACUGUAAACGUAGUUCUUCCUCAAGAACAGUGUAAACUCUUCUGGUUCAAGCGGAUAUCCUCGAGUUUGUUGCCAAAAUGUGCUAUCCGUGCAAACGGUAUGGAGAAGCACACGCUGUUGCGACUUUUGUGUUGUUUGGUGUUAUAUCUCAAAGCAUUUUGCUGCCCUGUGUCACACUGCGUUGUGAUCAAAGAGCAGUGUUUCAGUGCAACAAUCUGUUGGAACUUUAUGAAGCAUCGAGAAUUUUGGUUUAGAUGGUCGAUAUUAAAUAAACGAGUCCUUUUCUUUUUA